AUGCAACCCAUCGUCAUCAACAGUACGUCGAUGGACCAGCGAGAGCAUCUGACCCGCCCAUGUACUGAAGCUCCUUCCUACAGCUGGCGCCGGUCGACAGACUGGUCGCAAGGCGCAGACGAGCAACAUCACCGCCGCCAAGGUGAGACACCAUCAUCACCUCAGACCUCUGAUGAACCGUGGCUCAUCUUUUGCAUAUGGACCUACAGACCGUUGCGGAUGUGAUCCGAACAUGUCUCGGUCAGUACCAUGCAAGACGGGCGUUUUCCAACCGCGCACCCGUGACACGCGACAGACGAUGGCAGCACCGUGCAAGAGGAGUGGACCACUUACGCGCUCUCUCGCUCUCUCUCUCUUGGCGUGAUUACGUUGCAUCACUACAGGCCCGCGUGCUAUGCUCAAGAUGAUUCUCGAUCGUAAGUGACGCGUGGGAAAGGCACGAGUCCGGGUGUCGCGAUCGCCUUCGCACACGGGUCGGGGUCAAGUACGUCUCCCAUGCUGAUUCGAGGCUGACGCACAAUCUCAAUAUCACCUUCAAACAAUCAUCAGCUAUGGGAGGUAUCUUGUGAGUUGGAUAUAGCUCGAAAACCUGAGUCGCACGCAGCAGCACAGGCGUUGACCACACGCGCUUGCCUGCUCGAUCGCCUCCUCGCAGGCUCACGAACGACGGUAAUGCCAUCCUGCGAGAGAUUGAAGUCAGCCACCCGGCAGCCAAGAGCAUGAUCGAGCUGUCGAGGACCCAGGAUGAGGAAGUCGGUGAUGGAACGACCAGCGUCAUCAUCCUCGGUGCGUUCUUAGAUCUUUGACCCUUCCGCUAGACCCCACGGGACUGACUCUCGCCUGUCCGCCCCAUCGUCACCAGCCGGCGAGAUCCUCGCCCAGGCCCUUCCCCACCUCGAACGAAACAUCCACCCCGUCGUCAUCAUCGCCGCGUUCAAGCGUGCCCUCGAGGACGCGUUGCAGAUCAUCGAUUCCAUCUCGGUCCCCGUCGACUCGACCAACGAGAAGGAGAUGCUCGCCCUGAUCAAGACCUCGAUCGGCACCAAAUUCGUCUCACGGUGGUCCGACAUGAUGUGCAAGCUCGCACUGCAGGCGAUUCGCACCGUCGCCAAGGACGAGAACGGGUCCAAGACGGUCGACAUCAAGCGCUACGCCAAGGUCGAGAAGGUACCCGGAGGCGAGAUCGAGGAUUCGGUCGUACUCGACGGUGUCAUGGUCAACAAGGAUGUCACACAUCCCAAGAUGCGACGACGCAUCGAGAACCCGCGCGUCAUCCUGCUCGACUGCCCGCUCGAGUACAAGAAGGGUGAAUCGCAGACCAACAUUGAGAUCUCGAACGAGGCCGACUGGAACCGCAUCCUCGAGAUCGAGGAGGAACAGAUCAAGAUCAUGUGCGAGCGCAUCAUCGAGUUCAAGCCCGACCUUAUCUUCACCGAAAAGGGUGUCUCGGACCUCGCGCAGCACUACCUACUCAAGGCCGACCCCCCCAUCACUGCGAUCCGACGCGUCCGUAAAUCCGACAACAACCGUAUCGCUCGCGCGUGCGGUGCGACGAUUGUCAACCGUGUCGACGACUUGCGUGAGAUUGAUGUCGGAACCGAGUGCGGUCUGUUCAACGUCGAAAAGCUCGGUGACGAGUGAGUAGGGGUUUGGUGUGAGUCAAGUGCCAUAGGAACGCAAGCAGCUUAUGCCUUCACCCUCUCAUACUUUCUCAAAGGUACUUCACGUUCAUGACCAAGUGCAAGAACCCCAAGGCAUGCACCAUCCUGUUGCGAGGACCUUCAAAGGACGUCCUGCACGAGAUUGACCGGAAUCUGGCGGACGCGAUGGCCGUCGCUCGCAAUGUCGUCUUUGACCCUCGUCUCGCACCGGGAGGUGGUGCGACCGAGAUGGCGAUUUCGGUGGGGUUGGCCAAGAAGGCGCGGAGUAUUCAGGGCGUCGAGGGGUGGCCGUUCAGGGCCGUUAGUGAUGCGAUGGAGGUGAUUCCCCGGACGUUGGUGCAGAACUGCGGUGGCAACGCCAUUCGCGUUUUGACCGAGUUGAGGGUACGCCUUGUCACGGACUCUGCUUUCUCUAAUAUUUGAACAUCCGGCUGAUGUCGUCUUUUUAACCCGUGUGGUCAGGCCAAACACGCCGCGGGAGAACAUCAAUACGGUGUCGAUGGUGAGACGGGCAAAGUCGUCGACAUGAAGGAGUACGGGCUGCUCGAAUCGGCGGCGGUCAAGGUGCAAACGCUCAAGACGGCGAUCGAGUCGGCUUGCCUCCUGUUGCGCGUCGACGACAUCGUUGCUGCCAAACGGCCGCAAGGCGGUCAAUCCGGUAGUGGGUUGCCGCAGGGACCGCAAGGUGGUGAGGAGGAUGGUGGGGAACCAGGCAUGCAACCGGAGCAGUAA